CCUUUCAUCCCCUACAAUUUGUCCCCUGCCUCAUGCCUAGUCCAUCCUCUAUUGCCCUGUACUCCAUAGAUAUGUCGCGAUGGAAGAUAAACAUAAUUUUUCUGAUAAAUUGAAUUAUUAUGAUCAAUAUUGGUAACAGUGGCUAUGAAACAAAUAACUGGUUUUGAAAUGGAGGCAUCAUUGAUAACAAGGCUAGAGUGGCAGAAACACAUGCCCAAAAAUGGAAAUGGUCACUUCCUUUUACCCAAUGUCAUAUUCACGUCUUAAUCCACUUUACUAGAAAUUCCAGACACUAGAGGUAAUAUUUCUGUUUCCUUGAAUUCAGUGACUCAUCAGUCCACUUUCUGCAAAGGUCCCCGGACCCCAGCUUUGUAUAUAAAGCUCCUGACUAGUAUUUCUCCUCUAACUGAGGGUUUAGCUCAGUCCAGGUACAUUGCAUUGACUCCUGUUAUUUAAUUAAUCACUGCUUUUAUUAAUUUAAUAUUUAUUCAUAGAUAGGCAGCAGGGUUUCAUUUUCUUUUUUAUCAUUUAGUUGGAUUUAUUUUUUUAUUCCUCGGUGACAUUUUCCUGUAUCACUUUCACCCGGUAUUGACAUUCACACCUUCAAAUGUUCUUCUCCACUUUUGACACCUGCCUCUCUAUCACCUUUUUCCUCUUCUUCCUACCCCUCUCCCUCUUAUUUUAUCUCCCGGAUCCAAACCCACUUCUGUCAUUCAGUGAUCAUGUCAGAGAGAGACACUUAUACACAGAGGACAAAAGACGUGGACUUUUCCUAGAGAUUUGCCCAGAUGGCGUUGUGAAAGGGACCCCCAUCCAGACGGAAAACAGUGUGCUCCAGCUGAGGUCCGUGAGAGCUGGAGAGACUGUCAUCCAGGCAUCGUCGUCAUUUCUCUACCUAUGUGCCAACAAAAAGGGACAUCUCUGGGGGCAGCGGAUAUACACAGAAGCUGACUGCACCUUCAAGGAAUUGUUGCUGGAGGAUGGGUACACACUUUUCCUUUCUGUUAAUCAUGAUAUUCCCGUGUCUCUUACAUCUAAGAGGCCCCCGGGAAAGCACCUUCCUCCAUUUUCACGGUUCCUUCCGAUGCAAAAUGUCCUGCACAUGGAGAGUGGUGAAGAGAAACAGAGUGAAUUUCCAAUGAAAAAUAAAGAACAUUUAGACCUUGACUCUGAUGACCCAUUUGGAAUGAGACUUGGAGAAUCAGUCAUAAGUCCAGCAUUCAACUUAAAUGUUCCUGCUGCUAGGUAACCAAAAAAAAUGUAAUGUAAAUGUAAAUGUAAAUUCCACAUCAAACAGCUACUACCAGUCUUUUAAGCGAUGUCUCAAAUGGCUAAAAUGUAGCAUUUCAUUUAUUUGCUGAAUUUUCAAUUCGUAGGUGUGUGUGUG